CGCCCUCCGUGCGCCAAAGACACACUCUAAACAAAGGAUCGCCACGCCCACAUCUCAAAGGGCCCGCCCAACUUGACGCCGACUUCACCUCGUGGCCUCGAAACACGCUGUUCUUCUCGGUGGAGACGCCCAUUGAACACGUCCAGCACGACGACACCGCGGCAUCACUCUUGUCAUUGCUGUCUCAGCUUGACGACCGCACGCUCCUCUCGCUUCACGCCUCACUGGAGACCCUCGGGCAUUGAAGCACCCACAAAGGUCCAGAAUAAUAUCGCUCGCUCGCAGUCAUUCACCCUUGUGCGACCGGGGUGUAACGCAGCAUCUGCACGACCACACUUUCGGGUCCUCUUCGAUCUCGCCGUCCCGGUUCGUGGGCAGUCGACGCGCUCCCAGUGCACAAUCUAUCCUCAUCCUCAACUCAUUUCCCACGUCUUGGAUUUGGGUAACGCCGAACUCCCCUCAGGACCUUGUCUAGGCGACUUUGAGCGCGACCUGCAUCCAUCUGCGUCACGAACGUCCCAAUCCGCUCCCAUUCACCCCCAGCGCCCGGCAUCCCUCCUCGCCGCCGCAGGCAUCCACAUCCGCCUCGUCGGUCUCGCGGCUUGAGUACAAAGCCUGCGCGUAUCCAGCUCCUCGGAUCCUCUGCCAUCCACCACAUUGUCCAUCAGUCCGGAGCAGACGACCAUCGACUCCACGAAGCUCACUCGACGUAAAAGCCGUCGCAACAACCACCCUUCGUGGCUUUCCUCCAUACUCCACCAGGCACCUCCUGGCAAGACGCGAAGCCUUCUGUCCAUCCAUCCUUCGUUCAGCCGCUCCCCACGCCGCCGGCCGAUUGCAACCAGCCAUUCGGCUUCAGUGACCACCAAACCGCAACCGUGGCUGCAGCAGUAGCGUACCCUCCUUCAAUGGGACCUGCACAGGACCAUAUGGCAUCCAGCUUUACCGCCCGGAGGCCAAACGCUUCGCACCUCCCAGCUUUCGAGCUUCCACCGCCACCGCUCACGCAAAAGUACCACUCCGGUUACUCGCACGUCAACCACAGCCAGCACUCACCCGCGACCACUCUCACUAGCGUCGGCAACCUCCUGACACCACCAAGCAACGGUUCUGUCGACGGCAUUAGCCCGGCGACCAGCGUUCCUCAGAGCAACGGCGCAGUGCAGUCAUAUACGCCUAGCAACGGCAGUGGCAUGUGGCCACCACCAGCGAGCAACGCUCCCUACGGUUUCCAGCCGUCGCAGCCACAUCACUCGUCGUAUCAAGGAACUCGCAGCCUGUUCUCCCCCUCGCUGAACUCGAUCAUCCGCGGCAGCAACUCCCCUACUGCAAGCGAGGCGCUUCCACCACCACCCUACAGCGACAUGCACCACUACCCCAGCUCGAGCAUUGGUAUGUCGCAGUCAACGGUACCUGCGCCUCAGCAGUACAGCUCGAUGCCUGUCCCUGCACCAGUCACCCAGGCAUCCCCGGUACACAACCAAGAAGCUUUCGCACGCCCACCUCCGACGCCAACCACAUCCUACUACUCACAGCAGUCCUACUCAACAGGUCCUUCGCCAGUCGCACAGAGCCCAAUGAGCGGAGGCGGUCUCGGCAAGAUGUCACCAGUCAACCAGUCGGGGCCCGUGCCUCCUCUCCACCAGUCGCAAUCACAGUACGCCCAACAGUAUCGACCACACAGCUACUCCGGCAUGGGAGGUGCAGCAGUCCUCUCCGGUCAUUCCAUGGGCGGAGUACCAGGCGGUAUGAUCCCACACUUCAACAGCGGCCACGCCGCACAGAUGCACCACAUGUAUGGACAUCCUCAACCAAACCCUCAAAACGACAGACCCUUCAGAUGUGACCAGUGCCCUCAGAGCUUUAACAGAAAUCACGACUUGAAGCGACACAAGCGAAUUCAUUUGGCUGUCAAGCCAUUCCCUUGUGGUCAUUGCGACAAGAGCUUCUCGCGAAAGGAUGCCCUCAAGAGACACGUCCUCGUCAAAGGCUGCGGCAAAGCAGGCGCAACCUCGGAAGUCAAGGAACUUGAUGGCUCGAUAUCGCCCAAGAGCGAGAGUCUCGAGAAUAGCCCCGUCGUGUCCGCCACAGCGUGACAUGGUCAUAAACACGACUCGAGUCUACUUUCGUAAUUAUCAUGUUUCUUUUCCUUUAUUGCUUUACUUUGGACGAUACCCUUCGCGAGCAUUGUACUAUGAGCACGACAUAUUUACGGAUUAUUCUAUCAUGACGGACAUGGCUAUGGGAUGGACGGAUGGCAUGGACACCAGGACCUUUUGGUUAAGGAUCAGCGAGUUUGACAGGAUGCUCGACAGUUGGCAGGGCAUUGGAAAGCCGGCAAGCAAGCGCGGCGUUUGGACAUAAUGGUACUAUGAUGCGAAGAUAUGGCACAGCAGUCCAGAGGGGAAGAGUUCACCGGACAAGACCGCCUUGUUGUUUGUGUUUGUUUUGGAGCGGCAGGAAUGGCUUUUUGCUUCGCAGAGGAGCGCGAGAACAGUGGCACGACAGAGAAGAUGACAACAGAUGAAUUGAGACAGCUACUUGGAACAGAAGCAUUGCAAUGGUACUGAGUAACCAGGGCUUGGAUACUACUACUUUUACGCAAGGGAAAUGGAGAGGGGAUCUGUUGAUUUGUGUAUGCUGAGAGCGAAGAAAACCUGUCAGAUACUUCGAGCAUUGAAAAUCAAUCACCAGCGCGGAUUGUGCAGAAC